CGAGGAGACACAUAAGCCCUGCCACGAAGUUCGUCACGGAACCUCGGUUCCCCUGAUGCCGCUUUUUUUUUUUAUUUCUGUCACGGAUUUUCAUCAUGGGAAGCGGUGAUUUUUGAAAAGACGCUCAACACUCAGGUUUGGAUACGCGUAAUUGCGCACGAGACAGUGGCCCCUCUAGCAGCUCCGUGUGCGCACUGAAGUCGCCGCUGGACCGUCCGACAUGGACCAACCUCAGCAGUGCGUGGCCCUGUAUCUGCUGGUGCUGUCUCUUGGACUUCUCAUGGACAGCGGGGUUUGUCAGCACUACUACCUCCUCCGCCCCAUCCCGAGCGACAGUCUGCCGCUGGUGGAACUAAAAGAGGACCCGGACCCCGUCUUCGACCCCAAGGAGAGGGACCUAAACGAGACCGAGCUGAAGAGCGUCCUGGGGGACUUUGACAGCCACUUUCUGUCCGUCUCGCCGCCCGCGGAGGACAAAUACACCGGGAACGAGGAGCUCGACGACUUGGACGUCCAGAAGCCCGGCGGGGUGCUGCCGAAGGAGAUCCGAGCGAUGGAUUUCGACGUACAGUUCGGCAAGAAGCACAAGCCGAGUAAGAAACUGAAGCGGCGGCUGCAGCAGUGGCUGUGGGCGUACUCGUUCUGCCCGGUGGUCUACACCUGGACCGACCUGGGGAACAGGUUCUGGCCGCGGUUCGUGCGCGUGGGCAGCUGCCUCAGCAAGAGGUCGUGCUCGGUGCCGGAGGGGAUGGUGUGCAAGCCUGCGAACUCGACCCACCUGACGAUACUGAGGUGGAGAUGCGUGCAGAGGAAGGGGGGGCUGAAGUGCGCGUGGAUACCCGUGCAGUACCCCAUCAUCACAGACUGCAAAUGCUCCUGUUCCAGCUGAACGACAUCAAUUAUAAGCUCGACAUUUCUUUUUUUGUGAUCUCUCCCUCUCACACGCACCACCGAGUGUAGGAAUGUAUUUUCUGUAUAUGCGGUUGCCACGCAGUUAUGUAUAACUCCCUGUACAAAGUCAGUAUUAUUUGUAACCAGAGUCUACUUUAUUUGUGGAGAAUAUUGGUUAUAUAUUUUGUAUUUAUGGAGAUGUGGCGCGUAGAGCCGCGUAAGGACUUGUGCUGUUUCCCAUGUUCGGAUGAAGCAGAUCAACCUCAGA